UUAAGAUUGACAUGGAAAAUUGGGAUAUCCCCUAGAUGAGAAAGCAAAGUGUAUGUGCGUGUGUUUUCGGCAGGAGGCGCAGCUUCUGCUCUCUCUCUCACACACAGUGUAAAAUGUCUGUCUCUGCUUGAGCCGUGUUUCUUCCUGCUCUGACGCUGGGCUGCCCUCCAUCAGAAACUAAAACAAAGAUGACAAGGCCGCUACUUUUGCGUAAGUCGGAUAAGGGAGUCGUAGCAUAUCUCCAAACAUCAUAUUAGCACACAAGCCCGGCUGUUACUGGAGUGCCAACACGACAUAUUCCCGCCUGAAGUAGUCAGUCGGCGGCGGCAUGUCGCUGAGCUCAGGCGGGUGGACUCACACACCUCCGCCGGCCCAGUCUGCAUCGUCUCACCUCGGCCAGGAGGCCUCGCAGUCGGCCUGUAGCACGGUUUUGAUGUCGGUGAAGGUGUCAGUAUGCCACUCAGGUAUACGACCGCUUUGUCUCCCGGGGGCCGGGGACGAGUCUCUCCGUCUUCAGCUGAGCAUGGACCCGGGGAAGGCAGGGGAAUUCCGCCUCGCGUUACGGGACGUCAGCGGAGCCGCGGCUGGGCGCAGCGUGUCCAUUGCUGAGUUUGACCUCAGGACUGUUUGCUAUGAAGUAAAAUCCCCACAGUGCCAUGAACUGAGUUUGGCAACACCACCACAUGAUCGUAUCACUUUCAACUUCCGCUGUGAGCAAGAAGCACAGGAGUGGGCCACUGUGGUGAUGUCAUCACUCCGGGAGGCACAUAGAGUGGCGAUUUGUUCCUCCAAUGAAGAAAGACAGCUACCUCCUCAGCCUCUGGAUACACCGAGCAAUCCGCCCAUGCCACAUACAGAGGAGAUUUGUGCGGAGCUGGUUAGCGCAAUAGAGGCAGGUGAUGUUCGUUCGGCGUCUGUCUGUGCAUCGUCUCUAGCUAAACAGAGAGCUGCUCUGAGCAUUCAGCCAUCUAAACCAAAUUACACAGACACUGAAAUUAGCCUGCCGGUGGUGGUAGAGGAUGCAUCCUCCUCCUGUUGUGUCACAGUGAAAGUCUUCCCUCACUCAACAAUUGGUGCUCUCAAACAGCAAGUCUUCACAGACUAUGGUUUUCAUCCGCGUGUGCAGCGCUGGGUCAUCGGCCAGUCUUUGUGCUCUGAUCACCGCUCUCUGGCUUCUUAUGGAGUUCAGCGAGAUGGCGACACUGCGUUCCUUUAUCUCAUUUCUGCCCGCCAGGCUCGUCUCAGUCGAGGACUUUACCAACAAGAUCAGGAGAGUGCUUUGCUAAUGCCGGCUUUGGUGCCAACGACUAAUCAGCCCCACCAAGAAGCUGUUACCAAUGGGCCAGCACUAAACACAGUCUCAAGACCAUACAGCACCCUGCCUACAAGACUUCAUAACAGCCAUAAUACCCUGAGUAACAGUGCGGGAAGUACAGAGAGGAUGGGUUUGGGUGAUAUUCGUGACCUCAUCAACCUUGAGCUGCCGCAGUUGAAUGAAGCCCUGACACCCAACAGAACAAGCACACAGCCGGGAUGGGCCUGCCCAACCUGUACAUAUAUUAAUAAACCGACACGUCCUGGCUGUGAAAUGUGUAGCGCAGACAGACCUGAAGGCUACACUGUUCCUGGCAACUACAGACCAGAUGCUCUGGAGCUAAGACGCAUUCAACAGGAAAAAGAAGCAAUAAGGCAGUACCAGCAGGCCAGAGAAGCAGAACGCAGAGAGAACUAUGCUCGUCUGGUGCAGAUGGAUGGACAGGAUCUGGUUCCUAACCCAGAGAGAGUGGAGUGCAGGAUCUGCUAUGUAGAGCUUGAGCCUGGCGAGGGAGUCCUGCUCCGAGAGUGUCUUCACUGCUUCUGCAAAGAGUGUCUGCGCUCGGUGAUUCUAAUGUCGGAGGAUCCUCAGGUGGCAUGUCCAUACAGAGACGAGGCCUACGCCUGCGACUGCGUCUUGCAGGAAAGAGAAAUCAGAGCUCUGGUGUCCGUAGACGAUUAUGAGCGCUGGCUGCAGAGGGGUCUGUCUGUUGCAGAGUCUCGAUGUGAGGGCAGUUAUCACUGUGCUACAGCAGAUUGUCCUGGCUGGUGUGUUUAUGAAGACACCGUCAACACUUUCCACUGCCCAGUGUGCAAAAAACACAACUGCCUGCUCUGCAAGGCCAUUCAUGAAGGGAUGAAUUGUAAGCAGUAUCAGGAUGAUCUAGCAGCCCGUGCCAUCAAUGACUCUGCAGCGCGAAGAACCAGAGACCUGCUGAAGACUCUUGUUAAUUCUGGAGAGGCGAUGCAUUGCCCUCAGUGUGGCAUCAUUGUGCAGAAGAAGGAGGGCUGUGAUUGGCUCCGCUGUACUGUCUGCCACACUGAGAUCUGCUGGGUCACCAGAGGACCACGCUGGGGGCCCAAAGGUCCUGGAGACACAAGUGGAGGCUGCCGCUGCAAUGUCAACAAACAGAGAUGCCACCCAAAAUGCCAGAACUGUCACUAAAGGGAAGGACAGAGAGAGAUGAGGAGGUACGAAUAAGAGAGGGUAGUGUCAUCUCAUGGCAGUUUGUGACAUUAAAUAAAAGGUUUUGACAGACAUCAGGGUUGCCAGGUCUGUGUAACAAAACCACCCCAAUUGGUGCUCAAAACUAGCCCAAUUCCAAGAGGUUAAAACCUGCUUGUAGGGUUCCAACUUGGUCAAAAUCGUGCUCCAGCGGGGAGGGGAUAUUUCACAGACUUAAAAACAAAACAGCCCACGGCAGCAUUAUGAAAGUAGCUCAGUUCCACAGACUUGGCAACACUGGCAGACAUACACUUCGAGUGUGAGCUAACAAAUACUGUUCACCUGUUUUAUUUUCAAGUUACUUUUCUGACAUUUCUUUAACUGAAAUACAGAAAAACAUAGUUCUGUUGUGCAAAAAAUGUUGCAAUGGUACAUUUCACUUAAUCAUAAAGCAAUUGAAGGCAUCAUGGGGAAUCCACUUGAAAACACACUCCUCCUAUUGGAUGGCUACUGUAUCAGUCCAGUCAGAAUCCGGAUAUUGUGUAAUUAUUUCAAAGACAGAAAAGCUUUCCAUGUGCCCUUUUUAUUUUUCCACCUAUACUAUGAAAAUAUUUCUGAUCGACUACAAAAAAAGUGGCAUUGGCAUUUGCAUGGCUUGUGAAUGUUCACACAGCUACUACAAAAUGUAAACCCACUUUAAACUGCAUGAAUAUUGCCAGGCUCUAACUAUUUUGAGUUAUUUAAGACCGAAUCGUUUCUUUGAGGGGGCUUUAAUUAGUGAUUUGCAAAUGAAAUCUAUCUUUUUAAUGAUUCAGUCAACUGGUAGAUCAUUCAAGUAAAACCUUAAGCAUUGAACAUUAUUUAUAACCUAAAUCAAAAACAUUCUGAUAAAAUUUUUAAUGCAAAAAGAAAAAAACUUUUUUUAAUCUGAUCAAAUGAUUCUAGGAGGUGACUAAAAGCCGAAGCUAAUCUGAAGCUACCGGUAAAAAUUAAACUAAGGGAAUUACUCUUAAAGCUAUACUACACUGUUAAGACCUGUUACUGAAAGUGCCUUUUCUUGCCUAUUUUUCGUCACGUAACCACUAACCUGAACAGAUGUUUUCCAGUGUUACAAUUAUUAUUAUUAUUUUAAAUACUGUAUGUUGCUGUUGUUGUAGAUUUGUGAUGCAGGAUAAUUUAUGUGCCGUGUUUUCCCUUCACCUUUCCUACCAACCAAGAGAUAUUGUAUUUUGUGCAUAUGUUGCACAUUAAUUCAGUAAGAGUAACACAAUCCAGUUUAUUGCUUUAAGAUUUGAUUUGAUUUGUUUGUAAGCUGAAUGUGAUUAAUAUGUAGCCUAGUUAUUUAGUAUUGUUUUAAUGUUACAUUGCAAUGCUAUGCUUAUUUAAGUAGCAGUAAUGGUCAAGAGCAGGGACCUGAGGCUUGUGUGGAAAGUCCUCAAGACUGUUAUAAGCCAAAGGACCGAUGUUGAUCCCAAAGCUUUCAAUCUAUGCACUGAAACAAAUGUCAGCACCCAAAGCAUCUACUUAUGCAUCAAACCAACAUUUCAAAAAUGUUUUCAUGAGACAAACUUAUUUUCUUUAGUCUACUAUUUUUUUUUAUUUGCACCUAAAAAGAGUAGGUUUUUUUUCCUUUUCAUUUUUAAGCAUUUAUAUUGUUGUUGUGACUGAGAAUUUAGUGGAAUUAUGCAAUAUGUUUGUACAAUUGCAAAACAGUUGUGUUUAGUGAGGGGGCGUUCAUUCUUUCUCAUGAUAUUAGGAACCUCACUAAUGUUCAAGUAGAGUGUUUUUGCAUGUACCACAGAAGAAAAUGAAAGGUCCCUGCACCUGAAGAAAUCUUACACUUUAAUUCAGGGUUGCAAGUCUUAAAAAGUGCCUUACGAAUUAUAGUACUGACUACUGAGCACCUGUAUUGACAAUAUUUAAGGUAUUCUCAUUAUUACGUACAUGUUUGGACUAAUUUAACAUGCUUCACACUUUGUUCUUAAAAAAUAAAAAAAUAACCAACCUGUAUUUUA